UCUGCCUCUCUGCCCGACUCUCCGCCAUGGCGCCUGUUCAGAGGAAACCGAACGUGGGUAAAGGCGGUAAGAAGAAGAAGCAGCUUCUAAAGUUCACUCUGGACUGCACUCAUCCUGUGGAGGAUGGCAUUAUGGACGCCGCCAACUUUGAGCAGUUCCUUCAAGAGCGCAUCAAAGUGAAUGGGAAGGCGGGGAACCUGGGUGGAGGAGUGGUGUCCAUCGAGCGAAGCAAAAGUAAAAUCACAGUGUCUUCUGAGGUGCCCUUCUCCAAGAGAUACUUGAAGUACCUGACCAAGAAGUAUCUGAAGAAAAACAACCUUCGGGAUUGGCUCAGAGUCGUGGCCAACACAAAGGAAAGCUACGAGCUACGCUACUUCCAGAUCAACCAGGAUGAGGAGGAGGAGGAGGAUGAGGAUUAAAUAUUUCUUAAUAAAAUUCUGUUUACAC